CAAAUUCACCACCAAAAAUAUCGUCUACCUCAACGCGACCAUGAGUACGUGAGUGCAUGGAAGGGAAAAUGAGUCAGGCGUGCAAAACGACUUAUUCGUCGCGGUUACGAACUGGAAAUACAGCGCUCUUUAGAAAAGCUCUUCCCGCUUCCACAAGAUCUCACACUUCUUACAGUGGGCGUAAUUCACUGCGAAAUGUUCCUGUGGUGAAUUACGCAGCUUUCGAACAGGGUGAAGAUUUCGAAACUCGGGAAACUCCAAAACAAAGACCAGAGGAAAAAGUUGUAGUCGAUGAACGAGGUUUUCCCGUACAACGACCAAAAAUUGAACUUGUCCAAGUCAAACCUGCAACAAAAACAAAACACACCUACGUCACCGAUGAACAACUCUCUCGGGCUGCCGAAAUAGAAGAUAUCUACAUUCCUAUUCGUUUGAACCUUGAGCAUGAAGGUUUUAAAAUUAAAGACUUUUUCUUAUGGAACAUGAAUGAGCAAACGCUUUCGCCAGAUACAUUUGCACUCAUUUUAUGCACAGACUUAGAUUUGCCUGUGAAUACAUUUGUUCCGCAAAUAAGUUCUAUCAUACGAACACAGAUUGAGGAGUAUGCGCCGGUUGCUGAGGUUACAAUGCCCAAGGAGCAUGAGAUGCUGGUCGUCUUUAAUAUUCAGGUACAACUGGCAAACCAAACGUUUAAUGAUAAAGUUGAAUGGAACUUAACGAGUCAAUCCACGCCCGAAGAGUUCAGUCUACAAACUUGCAUGGACUUGGGUCUCCCCGGAGAGUUCUCGCCUGCUAUCGCCACGGCAAUUCAUGAAAACUUACUAAAACUAAAGAAAGAUGCCUGCGAGGGAAUACUACCGGAGUUUGAGAACGAUUCACUUCUCGGAAAUGUCGCUGGGCCUCGGUAUACACCAGACACAUUGAGUGCUCUGUGGCAGCCUACACUCGAGGUGGUUCAACCUGCAGAUGCAGAACGGAAUGACGCUGCUCACGAAAACUUUGUUCGUCAGUGGCGCCGAGAAGCUUCCAAGUUUGGUGGAAAUGCGGCUGAUGUUUCAGCAGAACGGUGGAGAGCAGCAACAGCAGCGGCAGCAGCCUCCGGAGGCGCUGCCGCUGCUAGCAAUACUGCUCUUCCUAGUAGUUCUGUCUCGGAUGCCCAAACUUUACUCGAUCAAGAGCGGGCGCGUUGGCGAUGUCAGUGGUGCAACGUUCCUGGAACAGGAACGUUCUGCGUUCGUCGCGGACCUAAAGGCAACAAAUCGCUGUGUAACGCAUGCGGUGUCGCUUACGCAAAAAACGGAAAGCUUCCCUACUGGCGAAGUGGACUUUACACUUAAGCUAUGCAGUGCCCCAUUCACGCUUUUCUUUCCACAAUAUGCCCCUUCCUCUUUCAUCAAUCUACGUUAUUCCUCAACUACUAAUAGUGACAAAAAAAUAAGAAUGCAAAAGCUUCAUCAACUUCAUUAAAAGCAUCCGGGCUUCCCUACUCAUUGCUGGAUGUUCUUCCACAUGUCCCAUUAGGGGUUCCAUUCUCGUCUUCCGAGGAGAGUCGUUUUACAGUACGUGAUUGAAGUUCGCUGAUGGGUGUGGUAUCCCAAUCCGAUCGCACGUUUGCUUCCGACAUAGUUGCAUCCUCUCGACUGGCAUUCUCAGCAGGACUAAUGGGAUCGUCUGAAUGAUUCGUUGCUGCGGCAUCAUUUGGCUCUGUCGUGUUGGAAUUAUUAGAUUGUGUCCUUAUCGGAGCAGCAGAAAAUGGUCGACCAGUGAAGGUUGCAAGCCGCAAUACGCAUUGUCGCGUGUUAAGCAAGUUAUUAUUUUUCCAAAAACUUCUUAACAUGGUAAAAACAAUCGCCUUUCUGUCCUCUAUAAACUCUUCAAAAACUCUGAUUGAUCAAGUUCUUUCAGCCCACUUGAUUGAUUCAAGUAAUAGGUAUAUCUCACAAUUAAAAGUCCAAGCCUGUUUUUUUAUGAAUAGCCUCUAGGUUACAACAUUCUUUUGCCUCAUUAUGAACGCAUUGAGCCGACAUGUAUGGGCGAUUUUGUUCGUUUUGCUGAACGCAACCACGCAUUAGCAUUACGACACAAUUACUACUGAUCAGCCUGGAGCAAGAUGUGAUGGUGGCCAGGAAUGGGUAGAACAGAAAUUGUAAACGAGUGUUUCAGGAGUAGGCAAUAGCGAGUGACCUUUUAGUUGUAAUGAUAUUGAAUGAACAAAAGCGUACAUGCGGG